CCCGACUGAAGAACGAUGGCGGCCGUAGUGGGCCAAUCCUCGCCACCAUCCUCCCAAGCCGUGAGCGAGCUCUGCCAGAACGCCCGAGAAGCCUUCCUGGAGGCCUCGCGGCUGCUGCUCACCUACGCGGAUAACAUCAUCAGCCACCCAAAUGAAGAAAAAUAUAGGUCAAUUCGGAUUGGAAAUCCAGCAUUUUCUACUAGAUUGUUACCUGUCAGAGGAGCAGUAGAAUGUUUGUUUGAAAUGGGAUUUGAAGAGGGAGAAACUCAUCUCAUUUUCCCUAAGGAAGCUUCAAUUGAGCAACUGCGUAAAAUCAGAAAUUUAAUUGCUGGGGAAAGAGAUAGCAGAUUGAAUGAGUCAAAUCAAAAUGAAAGGUCUGGAUCCUCUCAAUCUAUAACCAACACUCAGACUGUUGCUCUUCAACCUUCAAGAACUGCUAACUCUACUCCAGGCCCUUCCAGUAAGCAAGUAGAGACAUCCAUUGAACAGUCUGCUGAAAAGGGUACACUGAUCUUUCAAAUACUUCAAUCAAAUUCUCAGCAUGUACUAGUGUAUGAGAACCCCUCUCUCCAAAAGAAAGCAUUGGCUUCUAUUCCCUUGCAAGAGUUGAAAGAGAAGGCCCAAGAAAAACUAGUGCAAGCCAGGAAAAUUGACAAAGGUGCUAAUCUGAAUGAAGAGGAUUUUUUGUUGUUGGAGCUCUUGAAUUGGUUUAAGAGUGAUUUUUUUCAAUGGGUAAAUACACUUCCUUGCAGCAAAUGUGGUGGACAGACAAUGACUAAAGAAAAUUUACCACCCAGCGAUGAUGAUCUGAGGUGGAGUGCAAAUAGAGUUGAGAAUCAUUACUGUACUCAUUGCCAGUUCAGUAACAGAUUCCCAAGAUAUAAUAAUCCUGAGAAACUUUUGGAAACAAGACGUGGGCGAUGUGGAGAGUGGGCUAACUGUUUUACACUGUACUGCAGAGCUGUUGGGUUUGAGGCUAGAUAUGUCUGGGAUUCAACAGAUCAUGUGUGGACUGAAGUAUAUUCUUCAUCUCAGCAGAGAUGGCUUCACUGUGACCCUUGUGAAAAUGUCUGUGAUAAGCCUCUUCUAUAUGAGAUUGGCUGGGGAAAGCAGCUCUCCUACAUAAUUGCGUUCUCCAAGGAUGAGGUUGUUGAUGUCACCUGGAGAUACUCUUGUAAGCAUGAGGAAGUACUUGCUAGAAGGAUACAUGUUGAUGAAACAGCACUGCGUGAAACAAUUAACAAACUUACUAAACUGAGACAGCGAUCUUUGUCAGAAAGCAAAAGGAAAGAGCUCCAGCACAGGAUAAUUGUGGAGCUUGUUGAGUUCAUUUCUCCCAAAACUCCUAAACCUGGUGAAUUUAGUGGAAGGACAUCUGGUUCAGUGGCUUGGAGAAUAGCCAGAGGUGAAAUUGAUUCAGAGAAGGGAGGAGACGCUGUUUUUAUUCCCUCUGGAAAUGAGAAGACUUCUAAGCUCUUUCAUCUCUGCUACAAUGUAGUGGAAGACAACUAUACACGAGUUUCCAAUAACAAUGAAAAAAUCAAUGGUUGGGAGAAAGGUGUGUGGAAGGUGGAGUCUUUAUGGAGGAAGGUUGAAACAGACUGGAAAAUGGUUUAUUUAGCCCGAAAAGAAGGGUCAUCUUCUGCUUAUAUCUGCUGGAAGUUUGAGUGUGGGUCAGUUGGUCUAAAAAUAGACAAUAUUUCAGUUAGGACAAGCAGUAAGACAUUUCAGAGUGGAAGAAUAAGGUGGAAAUUGCACUCUCCCACAGCAGAAAUUGAUCUUAUUGGAGAUAAAAGUCUUCGUACAUAUUCAGAUUUCUCUGGUACAACAGAAAUUAUUUUGGAAGCUGAACUAAGUGGAGGGGAUGGUGAUAUUGCAUGGCAACACACCCAGCUAUUUAGAGAGAGCUUAAAUGACUGUGGAGAAAUUUGUUUGGAGAUAAUUAUAAAACUCAUUGACCUCUGAGAACCUAAGCAGAGGAGAAAUUACAUGGAUUUCUUGUAUGCUGUGAAUACAAUACAAGGACUUGAUUGAAAAUUACCAUGGUUCAUAAUGAUGGCAACCUAUUUCCCAUUUGCCAGUUUUCAUUUGGCCAUCCUGAAAAUAAUAAAUUUUAGACUCUGAGUCCUGAAGAAAUAUCAGAAUUUUCUAAAUGCAAUUCCUAUGUAAACUUGUACUUUAUAGGUAGCGAUCAAAGUAAAAACAUAUUCAUCCUGAGAAAAAAUGCAGAUUUUAAGGUAUUCAAAAUUGAUGUUCCCAUUAUCCACUUCCUCCAAGUGGAAGGGGUAAAAUAUUUUUUUGGAAAGCAAAACUAAGUUGUGAAUGUAAAAGAAAUUUUAAGUAUGCAUUUUAGGACUGAUUUACUUCACAUUCUCUACUGCUGUUCGGAGUUGCUAUUUUCUGGUAUGUCUUAUGUCAUUGUUCAUUUCAAAAUAUUUUAAUUAAUUAUAUAAAGGGUUAUACUAGUCUCUCUCAUUUCCUUUGUUUAAAAAGUUUUCAACAUGGAAAAGCAAAAAUGUUAUUUUUUUUAUAUACCAUAACAGCUGUUUUCGAUAAACAUUUUAAAGAAAUUAUAAUAAGAUUCUUUAUAUGUGUAUAUUGAGCUAAGUAUUAAGUGUAUAUUGGAGUAUGUUAGUAUACAGGGAAAUACUUUUACUUGCAAAAUAACAUUUAACAUAUACUUAGAAGUUCUGGCAUGGCCUAUCAUGUAAAAUUAGAGACUUACACCUGGUAAAGAUAUAAAUGAAUUUUUAUCCUGGAAGAUACCUAGUUUGUUAUACAUAUUUUUGUACCACAUCAAUCCAUAUUUACCACAUUUUUUUAUUAGGCAGUAUAUAGAGUUGGUAGAUUUUUAAGAAAAGCUUUCAGCCAGGAGACCAAACUAAGAUUUCUAGUCUUGUUUUCAGUGGUUGAGAAUACAGUCAGGUGCAUUGUAUUGACUCACUGUGGAGUGAGUGCUUGGACUCAGUAGUCCACAGCUGAGAAUUGAGGUGGAAUACUGGUUGAUUGUAAAGAGAGUUCUUCACUGUAAGGAUGGUGACUACAGCAUAAGGAUUACAGGGUAAGGGUGAUGGUAGAAGGAAAACUUGGGAAGUUGUCAGGGUUAUUACAUUUAAAACUUCCCUCUUUCUCUUCUAUUUCUCCUUGAACCUUCCAAUGUACACACAAUCUGAAGUGAUUUAAUUAUACUAAAGAUAAUUUACAUGUGGAAUAAGCUAAUUUGGUCACUUCUUAAUAAAUACAAGCAGAUAUACUAUCGAGUUAUGCAAGCAGAAAAAUAUUCAGAAACUAUAUACAAGGUCACCUUAACACAUUCGUCAUACCCUGGAGAGAUUUAUAAAAGGUUUGGAUAUUUCAUUACCUAUAGUAAUGCAAACUAAGAAGAGACUUAUUAGCUAUCAUGUUUCAGGGUGUUAAGAUGAGCCCUUGUGAAGGAUUGGAAGGAAAACUCCUUUUUGUCAUUCACAGACAAUAUGUACAGUUCAUCAGAAAGAAAAUGAACAGAACCAUAUAUAAUACAUAAACACCCAUAAACAAAGGCCAAUGUGAUUGAUGUGAAGCUUUAAAGAAAAUCAUAGUUUUGGUAUAUAAGAAUAUAGGAAGCGAUUGAGUUGAAAGGCAAGGAAAUAGUCUAUGUAGUUUGUACAAAAUACAGGAAGCUUUAAAAUAAACUUCUGACAUGUCAAUUUCAAGGCACAGAAAAUGAGAGGCUGAGCUAUUCCGCUUGAUCAGAAACAGAAGCAAAAAAUCAGAAAAGUAUUUUACAAAUGCUGCAAUGAGGAUCUCAAAAUGAGAAAUAGUAGAAGAAAUUAAUUUAUUUAAACUUGCAGGUGGGUGUAAGGUCAUUUACAUAUUACUGACUUGUUCCUACACUCAGCUAAGUUAAUGGUAAAGCUCAUGUUUCUUAAUUGUGCCUUUCAGGACUUAUAAGAAGGACUGAAAGGAGAUGAUCCUUUUCAUUUAAUAGAAAGAAUGACUAGAGUGACCCAGUAUCAGUAACCAUGAUCAUUCCCUUUCUGUAGAAAAAGCCACAGAAUGAUGUACCAGCAAGAAAGUCUCAGCAAGGUGAGCCACAGUUUCCUGUAAAAUAGCCCCAUAACAAAAUGAGCUUGGAAGAGCAAAAAUUGUGAGGAAAGAGCAAAGGCCUUUUAAUCACCUUAAUCCAUGGAGGCAGAUACUACAGAAAGCUUCAUAGUACCUUGCAAGUCUUCUCUAGUAAAGAAAAGCAGUCUGUUGGCAUCCUGGAGGGGCCUACUGUAAAGUACUGGGUGUUCUGACUUAUAAGAAAAUUUUCAUUUUUUUAACAGCUUUUUUAUUUUGUUUUAAACAAACUAAAUUCCUGAGACUUGUAACAAUAUCAUAUGAGCUGGGGACUGGUCUGGGAAUUUGCUGGCUUUUAGCCCUGCACUUGAUCCACAUUUAAUAUAGCUUUUUUCUGAGUGGCAGUGAUAAGAGAAAUAUUCUCCCGAGAAAAGUUACAAGCUUUGUAUUUGUGAGACUUAGCAAUAAAUGGCCAUGUUAGUACUUCUCUGCACGGGGUGGAAGAAAUAAUCCCCCUUGGCCCUGUGCAGACGCAGAGAGAGGCUGUCACCACCCCGCUGCCCUCCCAGCUGAGCCACACUGUCCCCCUAGCCCCUCCCCAGCCCCAUGGCAAUAUGAUGCUGUAGCCCCACUGUCCCCCAGCCAGGUCCUGCUGCCCUCCCCUGCCUUGGCCAGGCUACACUCCCCACGAUCCUCAACCCAGCCUGGCUCUGCUCCUCUCAACCUGCUCAAGCCCUACUCCGCUUGCCACGGCCCGGCCACACUGCCCCCCAGUCCUAGUAGCACAUGGAUGUGGGGAUGGGCCAUGACCCCCCCCCCCACUGCUGCCACUCAGUUGCUCCCCCUGCACCCAUCCUGGCCAGGCUCUGCUUCCCCCAGCCCCAGCCUCCACCCACUUACCAAAGGAAAAAAAUCAGGGCUAGGUCUGCCUGGGCUGCAGGGCUGAGAGGCUGCAUGAGGGCAGCCAUCUCACCCAAUCAGCAGCCAGGGGCAGAGACAGCAGCCAUUGUGGCUGCUGCCCAGGAGGGGAAAAAAAGAAAAAAUUUUUAUUUGUACAUGGAGCCCUGCUUUCCCCAUCCUUUUUUCAUGGAUUUUUCUAACUUUCAUGGAAAAUGCCUGAUUUUGCAUUUUCUGCAAAUAUCGCAAAAUCAUGAUUUCAGUACAACUCUACUGUGGUAGUGGUCAACAAAACUCACCAUUACAACUGCUUCAGUAAGGCUAUGAAGCAGAGGGUUUUUUUCUAUUUGUCAAUUUUUUUUAAAAUACUUUUUGUCAGAACUCUGUAAUUACUUAAACACCACAGUCACUCUUUCACACUUUCCCCAAAAGUCAGCUCUCCAAAACUGAUGCCUCUCUUAAGCAGGGGGCUGAUUUUCUUUACCAGUACAGAAGCAUGGAGGAGUAGAAGCCUGGAAAGGCUGUGCUGCAAAAUGACUGCUGCUUCUCUCAAGCCAGCAAGUAGUGAGGGUAGGCUCUACUGUUAACCCUUGCACAGCUCUUACUGAAUUGGAAGUAACUUUUAGCUCCGUGGGUCGAAAACUUUGUAGACCCAAAGCACCCCUGGGAAAAUCCCAGUUCUUCAUUUUCACUUGUUUUCUGACUAAGGAAAAAUAAUAGAGCAAUUCAUCUGUUGCAAAGAACUCAGAAAAGCUCACAAAAGGUCAGAAUGUUUUUAACACCGUAGAUUCGUAUUUGAAAUCUCUGGGUUUAUCUUGCGAAUCAAGUUUGUACAGCUAACAGUGCAAACAUAGUGCAGCAUCCUGAGACACCCUUGAAAGUAUCUCGCAGCAUCCCAAAGUGCCAUGGUACCCUGAUUAAGAACCACUGUUUUAGCUACACAGCCAAAAGUGCUGUUAAUUUGGCUUUGGCUAUGAAAAGGCUAACACAGGAGUCUUCCCCUGUUGCUUGCUUGUUUAGAAACAAGCAGCAUCUAUUUUGCAGUGCAACCUCUUCAUGAGAAAGCCAGUUCUAGGCCAUUACUCAAGAAAAGUCCUUUUUCCUAUGUUUUGCCUUUCCAAAACAAAGUGUGUGUCAUAUUUAUGGAUGUGUGAUAUGCAAGAAAAUGCAGCAACUUAGGAGAAAAAUGUGGUUGCUGUUGAAAGCUCAGUAAAGUGGAGGACGUAAAACAAUGCAGCAGUUAAUAUGCACUCUAAUAAUCAGAAUUAAUUCAAAAGGUGGAAACCAUUGUAAUGCCCUAAUUAAUCAACAGGAAAUCUGUGACCGAAAUAUUAUAUUUGUUUUGAUUAUAGCAGCAGCAGUGAAUAAAAAUACUUACUUUAGGAAAGGCUUGAUAAGGGAAACUGAACACUGACUAGAUUGAAUCUGUAAAAAUUGUGUUGAACUUCCUCCUUUGUCCCUAGAACACUCUUUGUAAACCAGGAGAGCUUGAACUCAGCAAUUCAACUUUUUAAAUGAUCUCCUUUUCAGAAUAGCUCAACUUCUAUGAAACAGGUUUUUGUUUUUUUUUCUAAAAUGCUAUAUUCUUCAUUUGACUUGUUCUAGUUCAUCAAUUGCUGAACACAAACCUUAUGUUUUAGUGGACUUAAAACAUAAGUUAGAGAGGCUCUGUGCAGUGAAGCAAAUCAAAAGUAUGGGAAUCAAGCUGUGGUGUUGUGAGGCAUGUUACUGAUUAAAUUAUACAGGGAUACUAGUCAGGCCGCAUGCAGAUGGAAGUCAUCAUUUCCCCAGCUUUUUAGGAGCUUGAGGGAGUUGGGAAUAUAUACACCUAAAAAAAAAAAAGAUUCCAAAAAUACACGGCCUGAAGUUAGUCUGUGUAAAACCUCAACUAAUUAUAGAAUUCAGUCUAACUGGGUACAUUUAAAGAAUUAAUAGCUAUGCAGGAUAUUUAAAAACAGUCUGAUGCAAAGCCAUCAUACCAGUGCUGUCCAUAUGCUGUCCACCAAAGUUUCCCUGAUGUGACAACAGUAUAAUCUUUUCAACUAAGUGAUUUCUGAUAAAUAACUAUAUUACCAAAAUAAUACCUGAAAAAUAACUUUAAAUGCUGUUACUACCACUAGGCAUACACAGCCAACUUGCACAGAAAACUCCACCAUCUAGACCAGUGUUUCUCAACCAGGGUGCUCUGGCACCCUGCAGUGCCUUGAGAUCUGUCCCAGGGUGCCACACAUUGUUAGCUCUGUUAGAUGUGGAAACAUGAUUCACAAUAUAAACCUAGAAUUUUCACAUAGGAAUCCAUAAUGUGAAAAGCAUUCUGACCUGCUAUGGUCUUUCUGGGCUCUUUACAACACAAGAAUUACUCUAUUAUUUUUCUGUAAUAAAAAAAAGGGGUAAGCUUAGUCCCCUGAGACAUAGUAAGAAGUGAAGUUAAAUAUUGCAAGGUUAUUGGUACCUCGAUAGCCAGAAAAAAACAGAUAUGGUGGCAAUCAGUGGAGCUUAGGCAGGAAUGGCAACUGGGAGUUAGAGAAACAGAAUUCUGAAAACUUCUACCUUGUGAUGAGGAGUUAUGGAUGGCAAAGUGGCAAGUCAAGGUCAGACAGCAAAACUACAGACUCAAGCACUGAUUCUCAUAAGAAUCCUGCCUUUUCAAAGGAAAAUAUGGUUGGUUCCUUUGUUUGGAUAUGUAAUGCUUCCAAGCUUCAUUUCUCUUAGUGAGCUUUAUAAUGAAGGUGUUAAUUCAGUUUAUGGUCAGCUUGCUUCAUUUUCUUCAGCUGUAUCUUUUUCUACACAUUCCAUAAUUCCCAUCUAAUCUAAAAUACAUCUCAAUUUUCUUUUAAUGCACAUAGAUGAUUGAAACCAUAAAGCAGACAUAUUAUGGCAAGAAAAGCAAGCUAUAUUUUUUAUUUUUUGUUAAAAUGAACAAAAUUGCUAGAUUAGAGAUGCUGUAAUUCAGUAAAAAGCAUUAGUAAUUGGACUUCUGAUGAUGCCUAUCAACGACUUAAAGUGACAGGACUUAAUAGAAUUUCAAGACUUAAGAGGUUAUUCACAGGUCAGUCUUGGCAGCAGUAGCUUCCACUAUGCACCCUGGUUUUUUUUCAGAGAUUUUUUACCUUGUAUUCAGGACAUACUAGAUGUUUUCAGUUUAAACAAGAUAAAUUUUCAGAAUCGAUAGACACGUUUUAACUGUAAGACAGUAAGGUGUCUCAUAUAUAAGGUUUUGUUCUGGAGGGUAAUUUUUUUACCUAUUUAAGCUAUAAAUAUUUUUAAAUGACAUCAUGCAGAAAGCAGGUUAUUUCAUGAUGUAGAUUAGUUAUCAUUUAGAUCCUCGAUUUUAGAAAUUGUGUUUAGUUAUAUCUUGCAGUGGUUGGUAUAGUGCUAGCACAAAAACUUUGAGGAUUGAAUGUAACGGGCUUGUCUCUUGUAAAAACAAUUAUAUAUUUAGAAUGUUUUGUACAUGUUAGCUAUGUGAUCUGACUAUGCAUUUGCUAAUAAUGAGUCUCUGAUCAAGGAAUUGCACUGGUUGUUAGGAAUAUAAUUUCUCAAUUUGUCCUGACGGUUUCUAAGAAAAUACAUCAAUUAUUUUUAAGCAGUGAUAAUCUUACUGCAUAAAGCUUUGAAUUAUCAGUCCUAUGUGUUAGCCAAGAUAUUCAGUUAUAAAUCUUAUUUACUUCAGAGUCUUCUCCCAUUGUCCUAAAGUCCAGUAGAAGAAUGGCUAGCACCUCUCAGAGAACUUGAUUUGACUAAUUCAAAGAGGUCCCCACUGAUGCAGAAACUUCUUUGGUACUCUAUUAAUUUUUGCCAAUGAACAGUAAAUGCAAGUGGCAGGGGUCAGCUUCUAGACACUUUUCCAAAACUCCCUUUGAUAAUGCCUGACUUGUGGUGUUAUGAUUUAAUCACACUACUGGGAAGACAGAUGCCCAUUCAAAUUCCCUCUGGGGAAGGCUUGCUUACAGCCUGGGUUCUCUGCUUCUUGAGCAAGUGGCCAAAUCACUCAGCUAUUGGAUCUAAAACAAUGUGGAGCAGAGGAGAGGAAGGUCCUUCUCCUGUUUCUUAUGCUCAGGUACACAAGUAUGUAACUGCAUACCAGUCUGCCCAGUAUAUAGCCUGUUGCAUAUGUCCGUAUUUGAACAUGCUCAAAUUUGUGUGGACAUUUAUGCAUCCGCACUGCACAGGUAAUAAAAUCGCAAACUGUGUGGCUGGAAAACUACCAUUUGGGCACAUAAAGGGUAAUAGAAAUUGUCCCUAUAGGCUUUUAUUAUGAAAUCCUGAAAUCUGUAGGAAAAUUCCAAGAGCAUUUAUAAAGAAGCAUGUUUAGCCACCUCCCCUGCCUUUCAGUCCUGAUAUACUCUUCCUUUGACCUUGGCAGAAAUCUCAUUGAAAGUAAUGAGAGUCAAAAGUCCAGAAUCAAAAGUGAAUGUUUGUUCACUUGCUUAUUGUUUCAGUCUACGCAAAUUAAACUAACCUGUGAAGACUGAGCUGAUACAGUUUUGAGCUUUUUGACUGUUAGUACUUACCUCAUGAGUCAGAAGUUCCUGAGAUCGCACCAUUACUUAUUAGGCUGUUUGCCAUGCGGAUUUCAUCUACAUUAUACAAGUGAAGUCAAGUAUUCAGAACAAAAUUUUAUCCAACUACCAAGUUGCAUGUCAUUGCUGAAACUUGAAUUGAACUGUGGUGGCCAACAAAAAGAAGUACAUUUGAUAAUUACAUGGAAGAGGAGAAAGAAAGAGAGGGGGAAAAAACAACAAAGAAAUGGGGAACUCAAAAAACAAAAGCAAUUAAGUGGCAUUAAAAAGUAAAAUAAUUCCAGAAAAAGACAAACUUUGUACAAGUCCUGAGUACCCUGAACUUUCCGCAAUCUUUCAUAGAUUCAUAGAUGUUAGGGUCGGAAGGGACCUCAAUGGAUCAUCGAGUCCGACCCCCUGUAUAGGCAGGAAAGAGUGCUGGGUCCAGAUGACCCCAACUAGAUGGUUAUCUAACCUCCUCUUGAAGACCCCCAGGGUAGGGGAGAGCACCACCUCCCUUGGGAGCCCGUUCCAGACCUUGGCCACUCAAACUGUGAAGAAGUUCUUCCUAAUGUCCAGUCUAAAUCUGCUCUCUGCUAGCUUGUGGCCAUUAUUUCUUGUAACCCCCGGGGACGCCUUGGUGAAUAAAUACUCACCAAUUCCCUUCUGUGCCCCCGUGAUCAACUUAUAGGUAGCCACAAGGUCGCCUCUCAACCUUCUUUUGCGGAGGCUGAAAAGGUCCAGUUUCUCUAGUCUCUCCUCGUAGGGCUUGGUCUGCAGGCCCUUAACCAUACGAGUGGCCCUUCUCUGGACCCUCUCCAGGUUAUCCGCAUCCCUCUUGAAUUGCGGCGCCCAGAAUUGUACGCAGUACUCCAACUGCGGUCUGACCAGCGCCCGAUAGAUGGAAAGUAUCACCUCCUUGGACCUAUUCAUCAUGCAUCUGCUGAUGCAUUAUAAAGUGCCAUUAGCUUUUCUGAUGGCUUCGUCACACUGCUGACUCAUGUUCAUCUUAGAGUCCACUAGGACUCCAAGAUCCCUUUCCACUUCCGUGCCACCCAGCAGGUCAUUCCCUAGGCUGUAGGUGUGCUGGACAUUUUUCCUCCCUAGGUGCAGCACUUUGCAUUUCUCCUUGUUGAACUGCAUUCUGUUGUUUUCUGCCCACUUGUCUAACCUGUCCAGGUCUGCUUGCAGCUGUUCCCUGUGCUCCGGCGUGUCCACUUCUCCCCAUAGCUUUGUGUCAUCUGCAAACUUGGACAGAGUACAUUUCACUCCCUCGUCCAAGUCGCUGAUGAAGACAUUAAAGAGUAUCGGUCCAAGGACCGAGCCCUGCGGGACCCCACUGCCCAUGCCCUUCCAGGUCGAAGCCGACCCAUCCACCACGACUCUCUGGGUGCGACCCUCCAGCCAAUUCGCCACUUACCGGACUGUGUAGUCAUCCAAGUCACAGCCUCUUAACUUGUUCACCAGUAUGGGGUGGGAUACCGUAUCAAAGGCCUUCCUGAAGUCUAAGUAUACAACAUCCACCCCUCCUCCUGUAUCCAGGCGUUUCGUAACCUGGUCAUAAAAAGAGACUAGAUUGGUCAGGCACAAUCUGCCUGCCACGAAGCCAUGCUGGUUUCCCCUCAGCAUAAUUUGUCCUAACUGGCUUUCGCAUAUGUGAGCCUUGAUAAUUUUUUCAAAGACUUUGCCAAGGAUGGAGAUGAGACUGACUGGCCUAUAGUUGCCCGGGUCCUCCUUCCUCCCCUUCUUGAAAAUGGGGACCACAUUGGCCCUUUUCCAGUCCUCCGGGACUUGGCCCGUGCGCCACGAGCGUUCAAAUAUUCCCGCCAGUGGCUCUGCAAUGAUGUCGGCCAGUGCCUUCAGCACCCUUGGAUGGAGCUCAUCCGGGCCUGCCGACUUAAAGGCAUCCAGUUCUUCCAAGUGACUCUGCACCAUCUCAGGGUCUACGCAUGGAAGUCUGAUGCCUUGCUGCUGCCUCUCUACAACCCCAGUGAGUGACUUGUCGUACCCCUCGCUUAGGAACACUGAGGCAAAGAACUCAUUGAGGAGUUCAGCCUUGUCCCCCCUGUCCGUCACCAAUUGUUUCUGCCCAUUUAGCAGGGGUCCUAUUCCUCCCUGGGCCUUCCUUUUACUCCCUAUAUAUCUAAAAAACAAUUUCAGGAUAAGGUCUUUAGAAAAGGGAAAUAACUUUUACUAAAAAACUAUAACACUGCAUAAGUAGUAUGAUCUAAGGAAAUGACAAAAAUACCAACAUAUAAGUAGUUUAUGGUAUACAUUUAUGGAAAGGAAGAGGAAUUGCUGAAAAUACAUUUUAAAUGCAUUGUGUAUAUUUAAUCAAUGUGAAUGAUUAGAUUGGUAUCUAUGAAUCAGAACUGUUCUAUAGAAAUGCUAAUGCAGAUCCCAACUCCCAAUAGUGUCGCACUAAUAUGACAUGAACUUGACCUACAGGAACCCCUCGUAAAUGUGAAAGGUCAAGUUUAGCUCCCAUACCUAUUUUUCCUUGGCUUUUCUGGGACAAUCACCAAGGUUCCAGUUGGAACAGUAGUUUUCAUGACAAGUACUUGCUUAUUAGCAACUGGGCAUGCACUGUGCCCUCAGCUAAUUUCAAAGGUACCAGCAGAUCUGCUAUUCAAACAGCUGUUCACAGUAGGAGUUAGCAUAUCUAAAAAAGUUCCUAGGUUUACAAGCUUGCUUUGAAGUGAUAAUUUUGUCUGCUUUCCCUUUUGGGUCUCCAAAUGCUCCUUUCCAUAUUUAUCAUACAACCUACACCUCUCAGAUUACACGAUAGAUAAAUUCAUUUCACUUCAUUUCAAGAUAAACAGAUUUUGCAGAGGAAGAAUUUUUCUGUUUUGUAAACUAGAUUAGGAUUCAGCUUGUUUUGAUUAAUGAUAUUGCAACAAUUUAGAAUCUAGUUUAUUCUAAAGAAGACCAAUGGGUAAAUUAAAUGUACAAAUUUGCCCUGAAGAUAUUGUCCUCCAUACCUAUCUAAACACAGUUUUUGCCAAUUUAAGCUUUUAUUUUAAAUUAGUUCAGUAAAUCUGGUGCCACACAUGGAAAUAUAGUGAAUACACUUAAAUUAAGUUACAUUUAAGUGUCAUUUACUAAUUUAUAUUACUAUACAUAGUUUGAAAAAUUACCUAUUUAAGUUUUAGUUAUGGUGUUGUAACUUGCAUGUUUAGACAAGACCAUGCUGACUAUAUUUAGCUUUUAGCAAGAUAUAGUCAAUAAAUCUUUGACUGCAUAAACAAGCUGCUUUGAUUUAAAUAAUAUCUUGAUUUGAUAAAUUACCAAAUUAAACUAAAUUCAUAGGCACCUGGAAAAAAUCAGGUAUACAUUGAUUUAAGCCUGCCCAUAUGUAGAAAGACUUGAGCACCUAAGAAGAUAACUGAGAAAUCCCUAAUCGGCUUGUCUGGAGGAACUUCAAAAAAAUCCUUGCUAAGUAAGCAGAGUGUCAUAGAUAGGAUGGAAUCCACAACAAAUAACAGAAAGGAAUGGAAGUUUCUGUGUUGUGCACAAUUAUUAGUAUAGAAAAGAUGCAACAAAACUUAAUAGAGGGGUUUGAACAAAUUUAAUUAAGGCCCUGACAGGCAUUCAUUUCUAGCAGUAAAAUUUUUUGAGAAGUUUCCACGGCUAGAAACUGUUUGGAGAAAGAGAACAAUACAGGUGCCCAGCCUGCAGCUGCCCCCUCUCCCCUGUUCUCCACACCUUCCCCAGACUGGUCCCAGGAGACUGGAAUAGUGAGAAAAAGCCCACAGCCCAAACCAGGGACCCCACAAGGAGUCCAGUUUUGAAGAUGUCAUGCAAGGUGGGGCUUUGAAGACCUGGAAGAUCUUUCCCCUAGCAGGACAUUUUUUACCUGGGAGAAAUUGAAUGAACAUGUGUACCCUUUUAAUUUCUAUGAGAAGAGCAGCAGUUCCCAGGAAAAAUGUAAUGCCUAUACAUAGCCUAAGUAAAUUUUACAAAUGAUGUAAUUACACUGUAAUAACUUUUGUUUUUGACAGACCAUAAGCCCUUUAUGGGCAUAUUCAGAACUAAAUCUCCUCUGAUGGAAGUGAGCAAGUUAUAUCAGUGAAUUGAACCAUUGUGAAUUAUGAUAAUUAUGAUAAUUAUUAUCAAGCUAAUCUGUUUUUAAUUAGUAAGAAACAUGUUCCAAAGUGUUUUUGGUUUGGGUUUUUUGUUUUGUUCUGUUGGUUGGGUUCCUUGUAGAAGAACUCCCACAGGAAAAAUAAUGAUAUUUUUGUAGAGUGAACAAAAAUAAAACAUACAAUGACAGACUGGAAUUUCAAAAAGGAACACCAAAGCUGUUAGUAUGAACUAAAGAAUAUAGAUGUUAGGAUUGUUUUUUGUUUGUUUGCUUUUUGUUUUACUAUUCAAGCGCAGCAGAACAUAAAAUUAGGUGCCUAUAAGUGAUUAAUUUUAAAUUGUUUUAAAAAUCAUUUGUUAAUUUAUAUGAUUUGGGGUUUUUUUUCCCCAAUAAACUAAGAUAACAGGUAAAUCUAUUAGGUUACGGAUCAACUCCCUCCAGAAGGAAAGGGAAUGUGCAUCUUGUACCCCCCAAAAAGUGAAGCUAUCAAGGAAAUAUUUGUGGUUCAAUAAUUUUUACAAACUUCUGUUGUAAACUUCACUUUCCAAAUAUUGUUAAUUAAAUCUGUAAUUCAGUUUAUUUUAAACAUCAGUAUAUGUUAAUUAAAAUAUUUUAAUGUA